CAUCAGGCCACCUUCCACACUCCGUUCAGUCAGCUGGGUCAGAGUGCUGAGGGCUGCUCGUCCUACACCUUCCCCAAGAUCAUGGGCCACGCAAAGGCCACUGAGAUGCUGCUGUUCAACAAGAAGCUGACGGCGGCUCAGGCGUCUGAGCUCGGUCUGGUCACCGAGGUUUUCCCUGAAAGCAGCUUCCAGUCUGAGGUUUGGACCCGACUGAAGAGCUACGCCAAGCUGCCUCCCAAGUCCCUCGCCUACUCCAAACAGCUGAUCCGGUCGACAGAUAAAGAGCGUCUGCACGCGGUGAACGAUGCAGAGGUGGAGCGUCUGAUGGAGCGCUGGCUCUCAGACGAGUGCAUGAACGCCAUCAUGACCUUCUUCCAGGCCAAGGCCAAACUCUGAGAGAGACGUGUGUGAGUGUGUGUGACGGAGCGAGAGAGAGUGUUUCUGACAUAAUCAGGUGAAGAUAAAUAAUAACUUUAAAAUGUCGUGAACUGACAUAGAGACGGAACUCAAACACAACUUUAAUUAAUCUGUACAAUAGACUGUAAUUAAGAACUGGAGCCAGUGAAGAAGAGCCUUAAACCUGCAGUAUUUCUUCUGACCAGCAGGGGGUCUGAUUGUAUAGAAGUCUAGGUACAAUUUUACUAAUCAUUUUAUUUGAUCUCUAGUUUCAAGUCUUUUUUCAACACAGAUUGAUUUAGAGUCAAAGAGACCAGAAAGAGGGGGCGGGGUUAGGUGUGGGGCUUCCUCUGAUUGACAGGUGGCUUACAUGGGAAACUAAAUGUUUAGUUCAGGGUUAGGUUGAUCCACAAGAAGCAAGAAGGAGAGGAAUGUUCAUCAUGGGUGAGACAAUGUACAUAUCUCACCAGACGAGACGAUAUCGUAACAUCUUUUAAGAAAACUUUGACGACGACAAAAGAUACGACUGGAACAGUCUUUCAUUCCUUUGAAAUGCAAAACAAUGCAACUGAUUUCACUAGUAAUCAGUUUCCCCGUGAGCCGCUGCAUCCGUAACAAGUUUGCUGUGAUCUACAGAAAUCUUUAUGAUCUUUGAGCUUUGACAGUUUUAAACACGUAACACACUCACACCUGGUUCAUUUAGUGGAUGUGUGUGUGAGUCGGACAAAACAAACGAGGAGCGUUUGUUCAAAACUGUGUCUUCAGUUUUUGGAGUAAACACUCAAUGCUCAAUAACAGAUUUUACAGCUGCUCUAACAUUCAGUGUCUGAUGGAUGUUAUACACAGCCACCAGCUGAUGCACGAUUAAUACAGACAUGGGGAGAUUCAACAGAGAAGCUCCUGUAUUAGUUUUAGUUUCAUAUAAAAACUCUUCUUUGACGCUUUACUCUUGUUUUGUCUGUUGUUUGUCACCUUCCAAAUCUAACAGCUAACGUGAAAUAUCGACGCUCAUAACUUGGGACUUCCUAACCCGUAUCUCAUCUUUAGCUCCACCCUCUUGUCCAGAUAAACGAGAUGGUGUCAGCCAAAUUAACAAACUUGCUUCAAAACCGUCCUCAGAUCAACAGGUGACAUCAUGUUGACUUCUUCCGCUUCUUUUAUGCAGUUUAUUCUUAUAUGCUCUUUUCUGUCUUUUUCAUCAUGUCAACAGUUGACGUGCAGAUUUCACUGCAGUUGUUUGAAACGGAGUCACCAGAAGCUUCCAUGUUAAUCUUUUUAUUUGUAUCUAACACCAAUGGUUUGUCAGAUUUUCAGUCCUGCAGACCCUGCUGCUUGAUAACCAUCACUUUGACAGACUGUACUCUAAAAGAUCGCUUUAACAAACCUGCCUUCAUUCUCUGCAGCCUUCUUCUUUUUAAACAACAUUUAUUUCACUUUUAUCAGACUGUGAACUCGCACCUCGAUCUAACAUCUGUAAUGUUUGUAAAUGUGAUGAUUGUUAAGAAACACAAAGGACUCAGUUUAUGUUUGAGACUCUGUUAAUGGGGAAAGUGCCUUUCAACACUUUACAACAUCUGUGAGAGCGACGGCUUCAAAUCUGAUCUUUGUCCCUUGUUUUCUCCAUCGAUCAAUAAAAGACCAGAAUAUUUAACAAUUUAAA